CUUGCAUCAUCCAGAUCUGACUCCUUCCGAAUUCGGGUCGGUUAGAUUUGUCAGUCCUGCCCAGUUAUACCGACCCAUAUUGUUUUUGCAUCCCACCCAGAUAGCUAGCUCCAAAUCCAAUAGGGUUUACUGUAAAACUAGGGUUUUGUGAGUGAGGGAGGGAGAGAGAGAGAGAGAGAGUGUGUGUGUGUGUGUGUGUUUCAGAUCUCCAAAACAGUGCGUUGAAGACCUUGCCACGGAAUCGUAGCACCUUCCUUCUUCAGUGUUCUCUGCAAGUCCCUCCAUCCCAACUCUGCCUCAAGUGAUGGAGGCAGAGAUAGUGGCGAAACCGCAGGCUGUGAAUCCAUGCUGUGUUGUGUUGAAAGAGAAAUACUCAAAGCUGGAAGCCUCACGGAAUGCUCUUCGACAAGGUGUAAAGAUCCAAAAUGAACUCAUUGAUAAACUUCAAAAAGAAAGCCUCAAUUUUAAGAAAGAAGUACAAUAUAUAUGGAAGAGAAAUGCCAAUUUUGAUGCAAUGAAAUCUGUGAGCAUAUCAUAUGAGGAGGAAAGGGUGCAGGCUGAUGCUGAAAGGCAGGAGAAAGCAAACGAGUCAGCUAUUCGAGUUUCAUUGGAGAAUGAGAUAUCCUCUCUGAAGUCUGAGAUACUUUCAUUGCAUCAGAGAGGGGGCUCACUAGCUCAAGAUGUGGAUGGGGAAGUAAUUCUUCUUCGAACACGCCUUUCUGAAAUGGAAACGGAAAUAAAACGGUUUGAGGAGCUUGUCAAGAAAGAGAGAAUGGAAACAGAUUCUGAGAGGAGAAAAGCUGAUGCUGAGAGGAAGGAAGCUAAUGAAGCACGGAAAAUUAUGAAGGCAGAAAAAAGUAGGGCUGCUGAAGUAAGGAGACUUGCUGAUAUUGAACGAAAAAAGGUUGAGGAAAAUCGAAUUCAGUUGGAGAAGUUAAAGAGUGAAGCCGAUGAAGCAAGAUCAAAAUUGGUUUUGGAGGCAUUCAAGUCUGAAGAGGCAAACAAAAAGAUUCAGGCAGAAAAGCAAAAGGUGAUUAAAGAGAAAAAACGUGCAGAUUCGAAGAGGGCCAAAGUGGAAGAGCUAAGGAAGCUUGUAGAAAUUAAUCAGAAGAAGGCCAUGGAUGAAAAGUGUCGUGCUGAUAAUCUGUCUCAGCAGGUUGAAGAGCAUAGACAAGGGAUUGAGAGAUUACGAAAGGAGAUAGAUGAACUUGUAUCCUUGAGAAAGUUGGUUGAGGCUCCUGAUGACCUGUCUGAUAAAUGUAUGAAUGAUGAAACUGCAAAAGUGAAAGGUGGGUUUCCGGCAGGAAAAAGUAGUGCUGCUGAAGAAAGGAGACUUGCUGAUAUUGAACGAAAAAAGGUUGAGGAAAAUCUUAUUCAGUUGGAGAAGUUAAAGAGAGAAGCCGAUGACGCAAGAUCAAAAUUGGUUUUGGAGACAUUCAAGUCUGAAGAGGCAAACAAAAAGAUUGAGGCAGAAAAGAAAAAGGUGAUUACAGAGAAAAAACGUGCAGAUUCAGAGAUGGCCAAAGCAGAAGAGCUAAGGAAGUUUGCAGAAAUUAAUCAGAAGAAGGUCAUGGAUGAAAAGUGUCGUGCUGAUUAUUUGUCUCAGCAGGUGGAAGAGCAUAGACAAAGGAUUGAGAGAUUACAAAGGGAUAUAGAUGAACUCGUACCCUUGAGAAAGUUCGUUGAGGCUCCUGAUAAAUGCAUGAAUGCUGAAGCUGCAGAAGUGAAAGGUGGGCUUCGAACGGAGAUAUUAGAGAGAGAAGCUGAUGAGUCGAAGUUGGUUUUGGAGUACUUAAAGUCUGAACAGGUAAACAAAAGGCUCAAGGAAGAAAAACAAAAGGUGAUCAGAGAAAAAAAGCGUGCAGAUUCCGAGAGAAGGAAAGCAGAAGAGCAGAGAAAGGUUGCAGAAACAAAUAAGAAGGCGGCCAUGGAAGAAAGACAUCGUGCGAAUCAGUUAGCUCAGCAAUUAGAGGAUAAUAAGCGAAGAAUAGAGGAACUACAGGAAGAGAUAUUGGAACUUGUGUCCUCUAGAACAUUGGUUGAGGCUCCUGCUGUUCUGCCUGAUAAAAAUAUGAAUUCUGAAACUGCUAUAAUGAAGCUGCAGGGAAAAAAACUGAAGUUUAAAAAGAAACAAGUAAAACAUGCAAAAAAAGUUACUGAGUUUGAAAUAUGUCGUAAUAAUAUACUACAACAAGAACUAUGUUGCUUAAGGCAGGGUUUUGUUCAAUUUUCGCAUCGCCUGGAUGUACUAAAUAACUACUUCUCACAUCGGGGUGAAGGUAGUGAUGACCUGGUAAAGACUGGCAACAUCUUUAAUACUCCAAGCUUAAACUUGAGGAGGGAACGCUUCAGUAAAAAGCAGCGCACUAAUGAGCUUAUAAAGCCUAUUUGCACAGCUAUGGAUGCCUCUGAUUUUAUCAAGCAAACCAUAGAACGUACUGCACCAUCACUUCCUAUUAGUGGAGGAAAUUGUACUCGAUGCAUUUCAGGUAUUGAUUCUAAAUUGGAGCCUCUGAUUAGAGGUUCUAACAGAAAAAUGUUACAGCGUUCUGCCAUAAAUUCCAGUACAGCAUCUUUUUCUGAUAGACAAUUGACGCGCUCACAGGAAAGAGGUGCUUUUUCUGUCACCACAUCAGCUAAAUUGGCAGAAGAGAAAUCGAAUUCACAACCAAACGUUUCCAGCUUGUCUGGUGAAGUUACCAAAACGAGGUAUAAUGAAAAUCUGGCAGUGGUGGCUGAAAAUAGUGUCAGAAGUCCUAUUAGCACUGAUACUGUUGGGAGGGCUGGGCAUAGUAAGAAGAGGAAGAGGAUCCUCGAUGCGGUUAAAUCCGUUGAACAUUUAUAUUCUGAGGGUAAGGAGUGGCAUCUGCGGAUAGAGGAGAAGUUAUCCAUGCUGCAUGGUAUAUUAAACAGUCAAAUGGACAAAUCCUUGCAGGAGGAAAGAUGUGGGGUACCUUACCUGGAAUGUGAUCUCUAUGCUGAGCAAGUGAAGGCUCACAAGAAAAGAAAGGCAUCUCCUAUAGAGGAAGUAGCUCUGCAGCAUUUGUGUGAAUCUAAUGACCGAAAGGAUAGGUUUGGAACUAGAGGCAUCAAAGAAGGUAAUAUCUGCAACCAAACUUUCCCACCCACCACUGAUCCAGGUGGAACAGCUCAGGUGUGCAAAGAUGGAAUAGGUGAUUCUGGUAGGAGUAAUCAAGAAAAUUUGGGAAGUUUUAAGGAAGAGUUGGAAGGGAACUUCAUGAAGUUGCUUGACUUGGACAAUGCUGUUGACGAGGGAUGCUACCGUAGAGCAAUUGAAAUGCCGCUGUCACCUACCCUUCCUGUGAUUGAGUUUCAAAACAGUGUUGAAAUAAAUAGCACUAAAUGUUUAGUAGAUGAGUGCUCUUAUGAGGGAUUUUUGAGUGAAAAGGUCAAUCCUGUGUCAUCUUGCAGCUUCGAUGUCAUCAAUGUGGAGAUUGACCCCAGUAAAUUGAAACUUAACAGUCCUGAAACUUCUCAUGUUCCCUCAGUAAGUAUGAAUGAAGGUGUCAUUCAUUCUUUCAAAAAUGUAACAGACAAAGAAAAUGGUGCAGGUAACACAGUAUACGAGGAUAAUGCUUGUGCAUGGCAAACAUGGGACUCACGUGCAGAGUUGGGGAUGUCAGAUUUAUGUAGUUCUGGCUAUAAGGGGACAAAUAUUUCAUAUCAAAGUGCGCUUGGACUGGCAUGUGAUGAGCUUCCCAGAUACUGUGUUGUGUUUUCAGAUACCAAGGACAGUAGCAGCAUUUCUAGGAUAUUUCGUGUGACUGGUACUAUUAUGGGCCAGUGCUCUAUGAUUUCUCUGACAGAUCACUUGAUGCAAAAUAUUGUGCCUGCUCUUUUGAAGAUUGAAGAUCUUUUACCUAAGGAGAAGGCAUGUGUAUUUUUUUCAGUUCUACUACACAACUUUUCUGGGAGGGCUUUGGAGAAUUUUGGAAACUUAUCAAGCACAGAUUCUACAUUCUUAUUAGAUUCCUUUGCCGGAUGCUUGCAUACAGUGAUGUCUGAUGUGGAGACAAGAAGUGCUUUUACAGAAUUAUGCUUCUUCGGUGAACUGCUUGUUCUCGUUGAGGAUUUUCUUCUAGACAGAAGAGUUCUGGUUUGUAGUAAUGUAUCUUCGGAAUCAUUGCCCAAAAGUGGUUCAAGUGUCAACAUCCUUCUGAAUGAAGAAGAAAUAAUCUUAUCACAUGGAAUGGCUCCAACUCAUCAAUUAGUGGCUGGGGCAAUUGUUUUAGCAUCAAUAUGUGCAACAACAGACCACAUUGGGUUUUUAUGUGAGGCUUCAUACAACAUUUUCAGGAUGCAAAAUUUGGAUACUUCUUUGAUGCUGACUGUUCUUCAUGUUUUUGCUCAUAUGUGUGGAUCUAAAUAUUUUAACCUUACAGAUUAUAGUUUAUUAAUGACGGUCAUGAAAUCUUUAGUAACAUUUCUUGAGAGAGAAAAAGUAUCCAGUGAUUACAUUUACUGUAUUCCAUCUGCUGAUGAGGUUCGGUCAGAGUUACCUUUGUGUACCAAAUGCCCAUUUUCAAAGGGUGCAGUUUCCAUGGAUAUUGUUAUUUCCAUGCUCUUCGAAAAGCUUCAGAACCAUGUGUUGUCUAUUGUUGUGCGCCAAGAUCUGAUGGAAUCAGUGAAUUCAUUGAACUCUGAACCUGAUGCCCUCUCCCGCAAUGAGAAAAUUAAGAAAACUUCAGGUCAUGAGGGAGCAUUUGGUAUCUUUUCCAUGAACUGCAGCGGCUCUUCUUGUCUAAACAAGUUUGGGAUGCCUACUACUCACUCAAACUCCACCGUUGAUGAGAAUUUGUGCCAUUUCACUGAUGUCCUCUCAUUAGUGGAGCUGGUAGCAUGCAACAUGAGCUGGGACUGGACGUGCAACAAUAUUCUCUCUCAGAUGUUGAAAUUGUUGGAAUCAUGUUUCCUAGAGAACUUUUCCACUGUUACUAUUGUUCUUCUUGGUAAACUGGGAAGGCUUGGAGUUGAUGCUAGUGGGUAUGGAAACAACGGUGUUGAAAACCUGAAAAUCAGAUUGUCUGCUUUUCUGUGCCAGAGCUCUUCAAGGAAAUUGGGCCUGCCUAGUCAAAUUGCUACCGCAAAUGCUUUACUUGGUCUCCUUCCUCUUAAUUUUAAAGAAAUUAUCAAGUAUAGUUUAGCGGAGCUUCCAGCAGUGGUAAGCCAAUCUGAUCCUGCUGAUUGUAUAAUAAGGAAGUGGUUCUCUAUGCUGAGCAGUGAGCAACAGUCCUUGUCAUUCAGCCUUCUACAAUCUUCUGGCGUGAAGAGUCGCAGCAUAACUGGAUAGGAUGGUCGUUGCUGCGAGUGUAGUCUGAGUGCCCAAGUUUGAAUUGGGGGACCUUAUCAUCAUAUGUAGCAUCAUUGCAUUUGUUGUACAUAGCCAGAAUGAGAUUGAAAAGUACUACUUUUUGAUGAAUUUCACCAUUUUUGUAGUAGGCAUGUAUGUAGUUUUGCAUGCAUUGAGAAAUACAUGAAGAAGAGGUGAUGAUGCUGAAAGAUGAUUUUUGUUUUUAAUUGUAUAUUUCUUUCCGGCAAAGUUGGGAGUUACGAACAACUUAACUUCUUCAUCUUGCCUUGGCUCACUUGUUAUCCGUGGUCACCAGUGCUGCUUUGUUUUA